AAAUCAAAGGGGUCUUUAUUAAAUAAUAAGCCAUCAAGCGCCGACUGAAAUUCCUCUAAAGGAGGAGGACAGCGUUUAAAUCUUAAACCCACCGGCUCUCCGCUGAAAAAAAAAAAAGAAAGAAAGAAAAAGGAUUAUUCUGAGGAAUAUGGGAUCUACCUUCAGGGUCCUUACCUGCUGGGCACCGUAAUGGUGCUCCCUGUCCCAGCUGAGCCCCUCGCUUCCCUCUGAAGGAGCAGGAUGACAAGAUGGCACAGCUGCUUGUACCGCCCGGACCUGACAGCUUCCGCCCCUUCGUCCCCGAGUCGCUGGCCGCCAUCGAGAGGCGCAUCGUCGAGGAGGAGGCCCGGAGACGGGUGGAGCGCCGCAGCGACAGCGACGAUGAAAACGGGCUCAAGCCCAACAGCGACCUGGAGGCGGGGAAAUCUCUCCCCUUCAUUUAUGGGGACAUCCCUCCCGGCCUGGUGUCCACCCCUAUGGAGGACCUUGAUCCCUUCUACAGCGAUCAGAAGACCUUCAUAGUAUUGAAUCGUGGGAAGACAAUCUUCCGUUUCAAUGCCACUUCUGCUUUGUACAUCCUAAACCCCUUCAAUCCUCUGAGGAGGAUAGCUAUUAGAGUUUUAGUGCACUCGAUGUUCAGCAUGUUGAUCAUGUUCACCAUCCUGACCAACUGUGCUUUCAUGACCCUCAGUAAUCCCCCGGAUUGGGCCAAGAAUGUAGAGUACACAUUUACAGGGAUUUACACCUUUGAGUCACUUAUAAAGAUCCUGGCCAGGGGCUUCUGUGUGGGGAAGUUCACUUUCCUGCGGGACCCAUGGAACUGGCUGGACUUCAGUGUUAUCCUCAUGGCGUAUAUAACAGAGUUUGUAAACCUAGGCAAUGUUUCAGCUCUGCGGUUGAAGACCAUUGUUGGCGCACUGAUCCAGUCGGUAAAAAAGCUGUCAGACGUGAUGAUCCUCACCGUGUUCUGCCUCAGCGUCUUUGCCCUCAUCGGCCUCCAGCUCUUCAUGGGCAAUCUGAGGCAGAAGUGCGUGCGCAUACCAAUUUCCAGUAAUACGACUCAUUUGAACAACACACAAGAAAGCAACAGCACGUUCAUGGAGAACAUCACGUUUGUGGAGAACAUCACGUUUGUGGAGAACAUCACGGCAAACUCCUUCAACUGGGUAGACUACAUCAACGAUGAUAGUAACUACUAUUACCUCCCUGGCCGUAGGGAUGCUCUGCUCUGUGGAAAUGGCAGUGGUGCUGGGCUCUGCCCAGAGGGCUUUACGUGUAUUAAAGCAGGUCGCAAUCCAGACUACGGCUACACCAGCUUUGACACCUUCAGCUGGGCCUUCCUCUCCCUGUUUCGGCUCAUGACCCAAGACUACUGGGAAAACCUCUAUCAGCAGACUUUGCGUGCGGCAGGGAAGCCCUACAUGAUCUUCUUUGUGCUCGUGAUCUUCCUGGGAUCCUUCUACCUGGUCAACUUAAUCCUUGCUGUGGUGGCCAUGGCUUAUGACGAGCAGAACCAGGCCACCAUUGAGGAGGCCCAGCAGAAGGAGGAAGAGUUCCAGGCUAUGCUGGAGCAGCUGAAGAGACAGCAGGAGGAGGCACAGGUUGCCGCGGCAGCAGCCACAGAGAGCGGAGAAUACAGCGGGAGAGGAGGCCCCACCUCUGAGUCCUCCUCGGGGACGUCUAAGCUCAGCUCGAAAAGCGCCAAAGAGCGACGCAACAGGCGGAAGAAGAGGAAGCAGAGGGAGGAGGAGGAGGAGAGGGGGUGCCGUGACAAGUUCCACAAGUCUGAGUCUGAGGACAGCAUCAAGAGGUCCAGCUUCCGCUUCUCCAUUGAUGCCAACAGGCUUUCUUAUGAGAAGAGAUGCUCCUCACCCAACCAGUCUCUUCUCAGUAUCCGCGGCUCCAUCUUCUCACCUCGGAGGAACAGCCGUGCCAGUCUUUUCAGCUUCCGUGGCCGAGCACGCGACAUGGGCUCCGAGAACGACUUUGCCGACGACGAGCACAGUACUUUCGAGGAGAGCGACAGUCGCCGCGGCUCCUUGUUCUUGCCGCGCCGCCUUGAGCGCCGCUGCAGUGCCGUUAGCCAGACCAGCCUCGGGGCACCACGCAUAAUGCUGCCCGCCAACGGCAAGAUGCAUUGCGCCGUAGACUGCAACGGUGUGGUGUCACUGGUCGGUGGAACUUCUGUAACAACCUCUCCUGUAGGUCUCCUGCUGCCUGAGGGAACAACUACAGAUACUGAGCUUAAGAAACGGAGGUCCGGUUUCCAUCAGCCAUCUAUGGAUUAUUUAACUGAACCAGGCGGCCGGCAGAGAGCCAUGAGUGUGGCCAGUAUCCUCACCAACACCAUGGAAGAGCUUGAAGAGUCGAGACAAAAAUGCCCUCCCUGCUGGUAUAGAUUUGCUAACAUGUGCCUGAUCUGGGAUUGCUGUCCUGCGUGGCUGAAAAUCAAAGAGAUUGUCAGCAUGGUGGUCAUGGACCCAUUUGUGGAUCUGGCCAUCACAAUUUGCAUUGUCCUCAACACCCUUUUCAUGGCCAUGGAGCAUUACCCCAUGACAAAAGAAUUUGAUAAUGUCCUCUCUGUGGGAAACCUGGUGUUUACGGGCAUCUUCACAGCAGAGAUGUGCUUUAAGAUUAUUGCUCUGGAUCCCUACUAUUACUUCCAGGAGGGUUGGAACAUCUUUGACGGCAUUAUCGUUAGUCUCAGCCUGAUGGAGCUUGGCUUGGCUAAUGUUGAAGGCCUGUCUGUGCUCAGGUCCUUCAGAUUGCUGAGAGUCUUCAAACUAGCCAAGUCUUGGCCCACUUUGAACAUGCUCAUCAAGAUCAUCGGUAACUCCGUGGGAGCUCUGGGCAAUUUGACUCUGGUGUUGGCCAUCAUCGUGUUCAUCUUUGCCGUGGUGGGCAUGCAGCUGUUUGGCAAGAGCUACAAGGAGUGUGUAUGUAAGAUUUCAGAUGACUGCACGCUGCCCCGCUGGCACAUGCACGAUUUCUUCCACUCCUUCCUUAUCGUGUUCCGGGUGCUGUGCGGAGAGUGGAUAGAGACCAUGUGGGACUGCAUGGAGGUGGCAGGACAGACGAUGUGUCUUAUUGUCUUCAUGAUGGUCAUGGUCAUUGGAAACCUGGUGGUUCUAAAUCUUUUCCUGGCUCUGCUCCUGAGUUCAUUCAGUGCUGACAACCUGGCGGCAACUGAUGAGGACAGUGAGAUGAACAACCUGCAGAUUGCUGUGGGCAGGAUCCAGCGGGGCAUCGCAUUUGUCAAAAACACAGUGCGGCAGUUCCUCCAGAGCUUGUGCUUUGGCAGGGCCGGGAAAGGCUCCGGUCUGGCUGAGGAGAGCAAACCCCUGGAUGAGCUGCACAGUAAUGGCAAAGGCAACUGCAUCUCCAAUCACACCACAGUCGAAAUCACCAAAGACCCCAGUGGGGUGUACAUGAGUGAGGGCAACGGACGACCAGGAGGAGGGCUGGUCGUUGGGGUCGGUGUAGGUGGGGACACAACAGGGAAGUACCCGAUUGAGGACUGUGACUACAUGUCAUUUAUUCAUAACCCCAGCCUGACAGUAACAGUGCCUAUCGCUGUGGGCGAGUCAGACUUUGAGAACCUAAACACAGAAGAUUUCAGUAGCGACUCAUCUGACGUGGAGGGCAGCAAAGAGAAGCUCGACGCAGAGCCCCAGCCACUGAGCUCAUCGGAGGGGAGCACAGUUGAUAUCCGCCCCCCUGGAGACGGGGUUGAUUCAGUGGAGCUGGAACCAGAGGAGUCACUGGACCCAGAAGCCUGCUUUACAGAGGGCUGUGUGCGCAGGUUCCAGUGCUGCCAGAUCAGUGAAGAGGGAGACAAGUUUAAGAGCUGGUGGACACUCAGGAAAACCUGCUUUAUCAUAGUGGAGCACAACUGGUUUGAAUCCUUCAUCAUAUUCAUGAUCCUGCUCAGCAGUGGCGCACUGGCAUUUGAGGACAUUUACAUCGAGCAGCGGCGGACCAUCAAAACAGUGCUAGAGUACGCAGACAAGGUCUUCACUUACGUCUUCAUCCUGGAAAUGCUGUUAAAGUGGGUGGCAUACGGCUUUGUCAAGUACUUCACCAACGCCUGGUGCUGGCUUGAUUUCCUCAUUGUAGACGUGUCCUUGGUGAGCCUGGUAGCAAAUGCUCUGGGCUACUCUGAGCUUAGCGCCAUCAAAUCUCUGAGGACACUGCGAGCUCUCCGGCCCCUGAGGGCCCUGUCUCGGUUUGAGGGCAUGAGGGUCGUGGUGAAUGCACUGCUGGGAGCCAUCCCCUCCAUCAUGAAUGUGCUGCUGGUCUGUCUCAUUUUCUGGCUCAUCUUCAGCAUCAUGGGCGUCAACCUGUUUGCGGGCAAGUACUACUACUGCGUCAACACCACCACGGAUGAGCGCCUCUCCGCCGACGUUGUCAACAACAAGACAGACUGCCUGAAGUUAAUCAAUGACAGUGCCCGCUGGAAGAAUGUCAAAAUCAACUUUGACAACGUGGGAGCCGGCUAUCUGGCUCUGUUGCAAGUGGCAACAUUUAAGGGUUGGAUGGACAUCAUGUACGCAGCUGUGGACUCUCGAAAUCUGGAAGAACAGCCUGAAUAUGAAGUGAACUUGUAUAUGUACCUCUACUUUGUCAUCUUCAUCAUCUUUGGCUCCUUCUUCACCCUCAACCUGUUCAUUGGUGUCAUCAUUGACAACUUCAACCAGCAGAAGAAAAAGUUGGGAGGUCAGGACAUCUUUAUGACUGAAGAACAGAAGAAAUACUACAAUGCCAUGAAAAAGCUGGGGUCCAAGAAACCACAAAAACCUAUACCUCGACCAUCAAAUGCAUUUCAAGGCUGCGUGUUCGACUUUAUCACAAAGCAGGCCUUUGACAUCGUGAUCAUGAUCCUCAUCUGCCUUAACAUGGUGACCAUGAUGGUGGAGACAGAUGACCAGACGACAGAGAUGGACAGAAUCCUAUACUGGAUUAACCUGGUUUUCAUUGUGCUCUUCACUGGGGAGUGCGUGCUCAAGAUGAUCUCGCUGCGUCACUAUUACUUCACCAUUGGCUGGAACAUUUUUGACUUUGUGGUGGUGAUCCUUUCGAUCGUAGGUAUGUUUUUAUCUGAAGUUAUUGAGAAGUACUUCGUGUCCCCAACACUGUUCCGAGUGAUCCGAUUGGCCAGGAUAGGCCGAAUCCUCCGCCUUAUCAAAGGUGCCAAGGGCAUCCGGACGCUUCUCUUUGCCUUGAUGAUGUCACUCCCUGCCCUGUUCAACAUUGGCCUUCUCCUCUUUCUUGUUAUGUUUAUCUACGCCAUUUUUGGCAUGUCCAACUUUGCGUAUGUCAAGCGGGAGGCAGGAAUCGAUGACAUGUUCAAUUUCGAGACCUUCGGAAACAGUAUGAUCUGUUUGUUUCAGAUUACCACAUCAGCUGGGUGGGAUGGCCUGCUGGCACCCAUACUGAACAAGAGGGAGCCUGACUGUGACAGCCAGCUGGAGCACCCGGGCAACUCAUACAAAGGCAAUUGUGGCAGUCCAUCAGUAGGCAUCUUCUUCUUUGUCAGCUACAUCAUCAUCUGCUUCCUCAUUGUGGUCAACAUGUACAUUGCGGUCAUCCUGGAAAACUUCAGUGUGGCCACAGAGGAGAGCGCUGAGCCGCUGAGUGAGGAUGACUUUGAGAUGUUCUAUGAAGUGUGGGAGCGCUUUGAUCCCGAUGCCACACAGUUUGUGGAGUACAGCAAGCUCUCUGACUUUGCAGAUGCUCUGGAUCCACCUCUACGCAUACCGAAGCCUAAUAUGAUUCAGCUCAUCUCCAUGGACCUGCCCAUGGUGAGUGGUGAGCGUAUCCACUGCCUCGACAUCCUUUUUGCCUUCACCAAAAGAGUUUUGGGUGAAGGUGGAGAAAUGGACAUGUUACGCGGACAGAUGGAGGAGCGCUUUAUGGCCUCCAACCCCUCUAAGGUGUCUUAUGAGCCCAUUACCACCACCCUGCGCCGCAAACAGGAGGAAAUGUCUGCCAUAAUCAUCCAGAGAGCCUUCCGGCGCUACAUGAUCCGCCUGGCCAUGAAGAAGGCCUCAGCCCUCUACAAGGAGCAGUUGAAGGAGGGCAUCCAUGACCCUGACAAGGAUGUGAUGGUCAUUAGCAAGUUUAAUGAGAACUCCACGUCAGAGAAAAUGGACAUGACCCCCUCCACAGCCUCCCCGCCCUCAUAUAACAGUGUGACGAAGUCGGAUAAGGACAAAUAUGAAAAAGAAAAUAGAGAAAGAGAAAAUAAAACAAAAGACUUGAAAGACCGAAAGAAAUAGACUUCUUAAAAAGGAACAAAAAAAAUAAUGCUUCAGAGACAUGAGGGAACUUUGUUUAAAGCUUACAUAUAGGGGGGGUAUAUAGAUUCACCUUUGUGUAGAUUGUUCAAACAUGAGAAAUCUAUGCCAGGUAGGCAUAGACUGGGAAUGUGGUCAUGUCAAUAUAUGGGAUGUUCUCAGAGGGGGGAAUAUGGAAACAAACUAUCCAGCAGACACUGCCAGAGUUUGAGUGGGAAAUGGAACAGCCUCUCUGCAAAAUGCUUGUGAUUUUCCUAUUGGUUGUUGUUAAUAUCUGACACACUUGAGUGUACUGUUAAGUUUUCUGUAGCUAGUGCUGCUGCUACUACUAUAAAUCCAGUGUCUUGAAUUUAACAAUCGCUGUAUCACGUAACAAUUACUCCACAUUCUUCUGUGAAGUUUCUUUUUUCAGUUGCAAAGUUUCUUUUUUUUUUUUUUUUUUAAUGAGAAAGAAUGUUUUCUACUCUUUUGUUUAAUUAUCGUGAGAAUGUGUCCACUGCUUUCACUGUUGUAAAAAUCACCAAGGGCAGACUAAGUCAAUGCUGGAAAAUACAACAACCACCUGAAACUCGUACAGUGCAGGGUCAGUGCCAGAAUGCUCUUGGUUCAAACAGUAUACAAAGCUGAAAUAACGAACACGCCACUAAAGUGCAAUGAACAAAGACAUUGCAUUCACUGAUGUACCAUCACUGAUUGUUGAAAUCUGUAUUGUGCUUCUAUCUGGACUGCUGUGUUCCUGUUUCAGCAGAAAUUACAAGUCUCCAAAUACAGAGAAGCUGAAUGUAUGCAAACUGAAGGAAUGAGACACAUUACAAGAAACUUAUGUUUUGGGAAAUACUCUUGGUUGCUCUUUUACAGAGAGUUUGAUGACAAAAUUGCUACCACACUCAUUUCUGUCUAAAGCUAGAGCUGAAUAAAGCACGAAGGCCUGACUCAGACAAAAGGUGUCAGACAUCUAGAUUUUCUGUUUCAGAAUGUAUGUAUAUAGAAAAUUUGAGGUAAUUUUAGCUUACUACUAAAAUAACAGCGGUAGCCUUACAUGCAUUAGGUUAUGCAAAUUCUUUAUCGGUGAAUUUAACCAUAGUUGCAUCAAGCUGUUUCUGUUGGAGUCAGAAGAGCCAAAGGUGCUGACAGGCAUUUUGGGUAUCACCAUUAGUCUUGGCACGGUGCUGUAGUAAUAAUGGGAUGACACUGGUUGUGAACACAAAACUAUUAGUUUUAUUUGGCCAAAUAUGUUAUUUUAAUGCAAAGUUAUCAUUGUUUUAGAUGUCUUUGCUCCAAGACAUCGGCAGUGAGUGAGGGUUAAGGUUAUGUUACUAGGGUUUAAUGGCCAGUCUAGUUUAUACCGCUGGAGGUCGAGGAAAUAUAUCAACAACAAUUGUGAAUAGUUUCAUUGCUACCAGUGUCAAAACCAAUCACGUGAAAGUUUAUAUGUAGAGCUAAAUUGUUUUAGUUUUUUACUGCUAUGUAAUUUUUAUGAUGGAUAAUGUUGAAGGCUUCCAGAACAUUGUCAGUUUAGGAUUUAAAAAUAACCUGUUAAUAGUCUUAUGCAAAGCCCUUCACAUAAUGCACAUUGCUGACCACCCUGAUUACAGUCUUCAUGCUAAGUUAACCACAGUUCAGCAGUAGUUUCUUUUUUUUCCCCUUCUAACCUCCCCACAAUAUUACUUUUUUAAUAAAUGAUCAUUUUAAAUUCUUGGUUGAUCUGUUUUCCUUUGCUCUUUGUCUUUUAGUUCCUAUCUGUGCAGCUAUCCCCUACUUAUGUGGUUAACGUGAGGGCACUGGUUUAGCAAGUGACCUGUAUGUUGUAAGGCUAUUGCAGAGGUCUGGGUUUGAAUCUGCCCCGGGCCAUGUCCUCUGUGUCUUCCCUCUGUUUGCUCUCCCAGCUUUCCUGUCUAGUCUAAGCUGUCCUGUCAUCAUAAAGGCUAGACAGGCCCCCCCCCAAAAAACUUAGUUAAAAAAACUGGUUAAACUAAGCUAAUUAGCUCCAAGCACCACAUUUAGCUAAUCCACAGACGUUAAGCGCGGUAAAGAUCUUCUCAUCUAACUCCUGGCACAGAAGCAAAUAAGCACAUUUCCCAAAACACUCCUUUGAAAAGAGCACUCAAACCUGCUCGUUCACCCGCUGUCUUAGUGCAGUGUCUUUCCAAGACGUUUGUUGUCCUCCCUUCAUCCUCCAUCCCACCUCUUCCCAGAACUCCUGUAAAGAACACAUCUUAAAUAAUGAAAUAUAAUAAAAAAAAUUCUUUCUAACUGCUGUCAAGAUAGAACAUUACAAUAUAUCACAUUUAAGGUUGGUUAUAAUAUCACAGAUGUUUGUUUGCCAUUCAUGUUUAAAUUGAGAAGCACGUGGUUUAAUGUAGUGGUUUGGUUUGUAAAUAAUAUAGAUAUUUGGGCUCACAGUAUGCAUCACACUUACAUUUGAUGUAUAAGAUGAAGCACUUUUUAUCCCUACUGCUAUGUAAUACCACGUGUGGCGGUCAUACUUGUGUGUGUGAGACACAGCGUGAGUGUGUCUGUAUUUGUGUGUGUGUGUGUGUGUGUGUGUGUGUAUCUAUGUAAGAAAGACUGCGAGAAUGUAAGCAUCUGUCUCUUUAUGUGAGCGAGUGUGUUUAUGUGCAAUUGGGGUCUGCAGGUUGCUUAUUAUAAAUAACAUUUUCACUGUAGAUAUGAGUGCAUUUUUACCGUCUUUGGAUUUGAUUUACAUUUUUCUAGAAGUUUUUUUUUUUUCUUUCUGCACUGUAACCUUAGCCAGUAUAAAAGAUGGACGUAACUACUGUGAUGUCACGUGAUGGUUUCUGAAGUCCCUUUUUGAAGCCUUGAGAUGAACAUUUCCACUGUCGCCAUCUUUGUUGCAUGAAACUGGGGUGGGUCUCACUGUGAAACCGCUUGCUCGUUGGCUAAGGACUUAUGAUUGACAAGUUGUUAGCCAGUGAGGUCCUUUUUUGAAACCAUGACCAAGAUUUGCAAAAUAGUUUUUAGUUUUCUUUUAUUCAGUGUGACCCAAAAUGAGUAACUGAGACAAUGAACUCAGCAGCAAAGUGUUUACAGAGAUGAAGAAACGAGAGAAAAAAAAAAAAAAAGCCUUUUUCCCAAUGACUUCUAUAGGAUUGGAAGUCUUUUUGCAACCACAGCUAUUGCCAUCUGGUGGCCUUCAGAUAGAAUGCAGGUUUUUAGACACUUUCACAUUGGCUUUAUUUUUCCGACCAAGAAGCUAUGUCCAUCUUUUUUACUGUCUGUGACUGUAACGCGUGACGAAACACAUGUAUGGUCCCCAUAUCUGUAGAUACAAACCAUGAAGCAAUCAGUAGCCAUCUUUCAUUGCGCUUGUAGUGUAUUAGUGAACUGCAUGCAAGAAGUGACUACUGUCCGCUCAUAUGGUAAUAUAAUUUCAAAGCCAAAAGAAUAAAGGACAUAUUUUUUUGUAAAUGCUUGUUUACUUUCUCCAUUUCCUUUCCUGUCUUUACUUUCAGGGUCUAAAUGUUUAUUCUGUGAGUGACAUCAGCGCUUUGAUCUGUGAUCUGAACCUGAAGUAUGAUUCCUUUACAGGUUAACAGGAUCAUUCAUGUGAUUCAAGUACAUGUUACACCUGACUGUGUAUCAAUUUGCAAAAUGUGACAAGUGACAUUUUUUUUUGUUAUAACCAAAGAUGUGGCAACA